CACCUACAUUAGACGUGUCAACAACGGGCAAGUGUCAAAUAUUCAACAUUUGGGGAGCAAAACACAAUUUUCUCCCACAAAAAACACACAAAUAAGUGAAAUUUAUUAAAAGAAAAAACCAUAACUGGAAAAUGGCUGCAGCUGUUCCAGUCCGCACCAAUUGGCAUCCGGCCAUGAAACACAGUGAUAUGGAAAGAUGGAUUUGCAUUUACCCAGCCUACAUCAAUAGCAAGAAAACGCGACAGGAAGGCCGCCGUUUACCCAAAGAAAAUUGUGUGGAAAAUCCAACAUAUGCUGAGAUACGUGAUGUUCUGUCGGCCAGUCAAAUCCGGGUGGCUGUGGAGAACAAACAGUAUUGCCGCGAGAAAAGUAGGGAACUGCAAUACCGUGGCCGAAUUCGUGUUCAGCUGCGCAACGAUGAUGGCUCGUUCUGUAAUCCCGAAUUCACCAGUCGUGAGGCAUUUAUGCUGCAUGUUGCAAGUAGAAUACCCCAGCUGAAGAGUCGUCAGGCUCGGCCAGGCGGUGAAGCACCACAGCAGGCCCAGCAUCAACAGAGUACCUCUGGCGGUGGUGGUGGUGGCGGCGGCAAGAAGGGCAAGGGCAAGAGACGCUAAGCGCAGUGUGGCCAUGAACAACUUCCCAUUCUUUACAUUCUUUUGUUAUUAUCCGGCAUAAUAGAUUGAUUUUGAAAA